ACCAGUCCCAACCAGCAAUCCCAGGAAGCCUUCAACCUUCACUCACUCGACAAUCUUCAAUCAUUACUUUUUGUUUCUUAACAAAAACCAACCCUUUCAAAAUGCAAUACUCUCUGGUCGCCAUCCUCGGCUUCGCCGCCGCUGCCUUCGCUGCUCCCACCGAGCCCUCUGGACCUCUCUGCCCCGUUGGCCUCUACAGCGUUCCCCAGUGCUGUGCCACCGAUGUCCUCGGCGUUGCUGACCUGAACUGCCACUCUCCCUCAUCUGCUCCCUACAGCGUCUCCAACUUCCGCGACAUCUGCGCCAACGGUGGCCAGCGCGCCCGCUGCUGUGUCCUGCCCAUCCUCGGCCAGGGCAUCCUCUGCCAGACCCCUCCCGGUCUCGGUGAGCAGUAAAUGCUCCAUACCCACUCGACAAGGACCUUCGGGUAUGACAGCCAUGUUUGAUUGGAGCAGGCUUUGAUUGUAUCAGCGACGGAGUGAUGGGAUGUUUUCUUCGGGAAUGGUUCUCCUUGGAGAUGCUGGCUUGGGACAUUGGCCAAGAUUUCCACUUUAGCCAAGGCUUCAGAAGGCAUUUGUCAGGGUUGGUAGUUAGCUCAGAAAAUCUUGGUCUAGGGAUAGCUUCUUAAUGGAACCCUCUUUGGAUCAAACUCUUUUGCAUUUUCCGAAUUGUCUUGUGAUUGCGACUCGGCGACUUGGCGACCA